GUUGCACUGCUGCUGCACUCCCCAAGUGUCUCCAACGCCAUCUCAUCCGCCGGCUGGAUUGAUUGGUGUCUUCUAUUCGUCCUCGUUUCCGCUUCAUUUCCUCGUCCCCUCUGCUCCUCUUCUCUUCUCUUGUCUGUCUCUUCGACUCUUCUCUUCUGUCUUGGCUCAUUCUGAGAGAGAGAGAGAGAGAGCCCACCUUCUUUGCAGGGCUUCCCCGUCAAUAUAUUAUCUGCCCACCAGACAGACAAGACAUACUCGUGACGAAACUGGACGAAACCGGACGGGGUAUUGGACCGAUACUGACACUGCCGCCGACACCUGGGAAGCUUAACUCAAACUACAGCCUCGGGCCCUCGUUGCUGAUCUCACUUUCUGUCGUCCCAUCUUAUCCAAGCCCAUGCGCUCCGGCCUCCCAUAAAUGCCCGACGGUGACGCCACACCUGGCACGCUUUUUCGCAUCCGGAUCCACUCUACACCUCGUCCACCAGCGGCCCCAUGAUCGCGGUUGGCUCCCGCCCGGCCCUGGGAACCACUGACGGAAUCUCUGGGACCACCACCACACCGACCGGGGCGGACCAGCUCGGCAGCCUUGCCUCGCGCCCGCGCCCGGGUUUCUAAGUUGCUGCUACUGAAAUUUGCACCUCGAGGCUGGACUUCGGGUGUCACGGAGUGCGGAGUGGGACGAGCCUCACUGGCAGUCACUCCUACUUUUAGGGAGUAGGUCCUGACUGGCAACCGCCCGUCGCUCCUGCCCACCCCCUACAACUCAGUGUACCCUACGUCGACUGCCACCGUCGACUGCCACCAGCAACAUGUUCCUCCAUGCCGGCGCCUCCCUGCACGGCCAUGAGUUCUCGGGAAACGGCCACCCUCCUCAGUCGCCCACACACGCGCCCCUGCAGCGGAAAAGACCAUACCUGCGAUCCGCAUUUCCAGCUCCCAUCCUCCGCUCCACCACGGCACCGCCUCACGCAAGCCCAUGGCCUCUCCCACAGACUCCCAAGGCGACCAGGCCCGUCUCUGAGCUCUAUGUGAAACCAGUCACCCAUCUUCUGGGCGACCGUGCUGCCGCCCGCAGGUCCGUCCCCGCUGCUCCCGUCGUGCGCUUCAAGGAGCCCGAAGCCCAAGCCCUGGAGUCCCCAAAACCCUCCAUGACAGAAGAUGAGCCAUCCUUCUACGACUCGGACGCUUCGCACACGUCCUCGGCCCCCCGCCCAAGACGGAGGAGAGCCACCCCACGCCCGAGUUGCCACUAUCACUUCGCCCUGCCCGCACCCAAGCAUGGUUCCAAGAAGCACCUCUUCAAGAACAUCCGCCCCAGGCUGCUCUUCCAGCUCCAAGAGCUACCUACCAACCAGCGGCCACGCCCUGCCAUCGACGUGUUUCCUGCGUCUCUCAUAGCCGGGCCCCUGGUUACCGCCCGCUAUAUCAACCGCUGUCCCCGCAUAUUCGGAGCCAAGGGCGAGCUGGGCCCCCAUGACCUGAUCCUGCUCAAGUCCGAGGACUAUGACACUGGCCUGAGUGACUCGGAGGAAGAGGAUGAGCAUAUUGGGGCAAGACGGGAGCCUCUUGCCAUCUUUAGCCCAGUGAGGGGUCAGGGCUGUGACGAGAUUGUCAUGGAGGACGGUACUGUGUGGAGGGCCACUCCUGGUCCCAAGGGCAGCUACAAUUUUGUUCACACCGACAGUCACGGGAUAUCGCAGACUCUCCGAUGGGCCAAGCGCAACACAUCCCUGCAGAACCAGAAGAACGCAAACAGGCUCUCGACAUCAGCCGCUACCGUGGCCAGCGACGUCGCAUCUAUCACGGAGCCGAGCGAUUACAAGUACACAUUUAGCAUCAUCAACCCACAGUCUAGGCGACACCCGAUCCUGGCGAACCUGACGCCAAGAUCGCUCGAGCUAUUCGAGGACUUCACGACAGUGUCGACAUCACAGGGCCGCUUCCCACCCUCUCGCCCCAUGAGCUACAACUUCGAUCCAGCGGGCGCCAAGUCCCCACCACCAUCUCCCUUCUCUGUUGAUGAGCCCUCCGCCGAGCGCCAGACCCAACCAGUGGAUGAGAAGACCAAGCAGCUGAUCAGGGUCACCGGUCUCUGGCUGGCACUGCGCAUCACCGGAGCGGGCCCCGAUCCCGCCGACGUGGGUGAGGCGAGCGCCGCUCUUCCGCGGGAACGGACCAUUAGCAUGUCGUCAUGCACACCUCAAACGCUCAAAAUCCCCAGGCGGUCGACUACUGGCAAUAUCAGCAGCACCGUGCCACCGGUGCAGUCUGGUCUCAGGAGGGCAGUCAGCACUGGCGCGGCCUUUAUGCAGCGGCGGAUGAUGAAGCAGUCUCACUCACAGUCAACAGAAGUGGGCGGCAACAUGGCGAUGGCGCCGGAUAAGCAGGCCGGCGUACGGGAGACGGAGACAGAUUCUGGCACAGGAGGAUGUGCACCUGUACAAAAGCAGACGCGGAGGGUGAGCUGGCUCAAGAAGCUUAAACACUAGGUGUGUUUGUGUGUGCAGCCUGCUCAGACCGAGGCAGAGUCAAGCGAACUAUGAUACCAAUACCCAAUUGCAUUCUGAAGUACCUACAAUUCACCAGCAUGAACUUCUCGAGAUUCCUGCCACUUCUAGCUCUCCCUCGACUGUGAUGACCUCUGCACGGCCACUGGGUAUAGUCAUUAGUAAUUUGC